GGGCCGCCCCAGGCGGGCGGCGCGGCCCCUCGCCUGGCCUGUCUUCCCACCAUGCUGGACGGGCUGAAGAUGGAGGAGAGUUUGCAGAGCGCCCUGGAUCCCGCGGCCCCCUUCUCCUCGCUGCUGGGCAGAGCCGCGACCCCUAAGUCGGUCUGUGAAGGAUGUCAGCGAGUGAUUUCGGACCGGUUCUUGCUACGCCUGAACGACAGCCUGUGGCACGAGCAGUGUGUCCAGUGUGCAUCUUGCAAGGAACCCCUGCAGACCACCUGCUUCUACCGUGACAAGAAGCUCUACUGCAAGCUGGACUACGAGAAGCUGUUUGCAGUGAAGUGUGCCGGGUGCCUGGAGGCCAUCACGCCCAGCGAGCUGGUGAUGCGCGCCCAGAAGAGUGUCUACCACCUGCGCUGCUUCUGCUGCUGCGUCUGCGAGCGGCGCCUGCAGAAGGGCGAUGAGUUUGUGCUGAAGGAGGGGCAGCUCCUCUGUAAGGGCGACUACGAGAAGGAGCGGGAGCUGCUGAGCUUGGUGAGCCCGGCUCUGACGGAUUCUGGCAAAAGUGACGAUGAGGACAGCAUCUGCAAACUGGGCCAAGCCUCAGGGAAGGGCACUGAGGAUGGGAAGGAUCAUAAACGGCCCAAGCGGCCCCGGACAAUUCUGACCACGCAGCAGCGGAGGGCGUUCAAGGCAUCAUUUGAGGUCUCCUCCAAGCCCUGCAGGAAGGUGCGGGAGACACUGGCAGCGGAGACAGGGCUGAGCGUCCGGGUGGUGCAGGUCUGGUUCCAGAACCAGCGAGCAAAGAUGAAGAAGCUCGCCAGGAGGCAGCAGCAGCAGCAGCAGGAUCAGCAAAACACGCAGCGCCUGAGCUCAGGCCAGACAAACGGCGGCAGCGGUGGCAGCACAGGGCUGGAGGGGAUGCUGAACCCUUACACCGCAUUGCCCCCGCCCCAGCAGCUGCUGGGCAUGGAGCAAGGUGUCUACAGCUCCGACCCUUUCCGGCAAGGGCUCACCCCACCACAAAUGCCUGGAGACCACAUGCAUCCCUACGGUGCUGAGCCCCUCUUCCACGACUUGGAUAGCGAUGAUACCUCACUGAGCAACCUGGGUGACUGCUUCCUCGCCACGGCAGACGCGGGGCCGCUCCAGGCACGAGUGGGAAACCCCAUCGACCACCUCUACUCCAUGCAGAACUCCUACUUCACUUCCUGA